AUAAUUGUUUUUAUAGGCUAAAUAAUCAUUAUCUGGUAAUUAAUAUUAUUUGUUUUAUUACAAAAAGCGUUUGCUGAUAUUUCUAUGGCGAUUGGAUUUAUGUAUAAAAAGUAAAUGUUAAUGGGUCAUCACUUGAAUUGUAAAUUGUGCAGCCAAUAGAGACGUAGUCGUUCUUAGAAGAGGUAAUCAAAAUGAAGAUGAUCGCAGUUUUAUUCUUGUGCGUAGUAGUUGCAGUAAAUGCAAACUGUCCCGAUGUUCCUGGUGUAGGGGAUAUGAAAGCUGGAGAACAGAAGCCAGUCCAUGGAACCUGUAACAUUGCCACUUGCAAUGCAGAUGGAACUUACUCCGAGUUAACAUGUCCUGUAGGAGCCGCUCGUCCACCAUGCAAGUUUGUACCUGGCGAUAAGACUAAAUUGUACCCUGAUUGUUGUCCCAAGUACUGGUGCCCACCAAAAAACUGAGUCAAUAAAGAAAAAAUAAUAAAUGAUGCUAUUUUCUAUUAUUUAAUAAUUAUUAAAUUUUAAAAAUUAA